AUGGCGGACCACCUCUACACCGGCACCUUCCCGGCCUCGGAGUCGGACUUCCCCCCGUCCUCGUCCUCGUCCCCGUCCUUCCUCACGCUGGAGCAGCGGGCCGCCUUCGUCUUCGUCCUGGUCCUCUUCGUCUUCCUGGGCCUGCUGAUCGUCCGCUGCUUCCGGAUCCUGCUGGACCCGUACCGCAGCAUGCCGUCCUCCACCUGGACGGACCACGUGGACAAGGACACCUUCGACUACCGCAUUUCCUGACAGGCGGCCUGAGGGGC